AUGCGAAAAAAUAAACCUUUGCGACAUCGUUUAACUGAGUUCAUAGAAGUUCUGAAAGAGAAGUCUAAUGAAUAUAAUCACUUUGCUAUUUGUAACGCAUGCAAGGAAGCGAGAGGACAUGAAUACGCAUAUUCAAAUAAAUUUGUCAAUACAAAGCGAUUGGUUAAGUCACACUUAAAAAACUGUACGUAUUUCAAAGAUCAAAAAGGGGAGCAGGAAGCCAAAAGAAUAUUAGAUGAUACGGAUAAUGAGAAUAAUGAAGAAUUUAGCAAUGGCUCGGAUGAAAACAGUAAUACUGAAAUUGAAGAAUUCAGAGGGCCAUUAGAUCCUCAUGUUGUAUUGGCAAUUAGCCAAUUACGUGGAAUCCUUGCUCAAAAUCGCCGAAUUCAAGAGUUGGACGAACUUAAAAAGCUUUAUGAAUCGACUUCAACAACAUCUUUAUUAAACCAUUCUAAAGAUGUGCCAAGCAAUUUAACAGUCCAAUAUACUAAUGAUGAAAGUGAUUACGAUGAAAUUGAUAAUAUGAGUGAAGAUAAUGAAGAUGAUAUUACAUUAUGGUCAUCAAUUUCAGAUGAUGAUUCAGAUGAAAAUUUAUCGGGUUCAGAAUCAACUGACUUAGAUGAAUUGUUAGAUAGUCAAGAGUCUUCAGUAGGUCGUAAAGUCAAGUGGCCAUUAAAUAGAUUGUUUACUGCUGAUUUAGAAGCACCAUUUUUUGCUACAAUUUAA